UGACAGAGUUGAAAUUCUGUUUUGUUUUUGUUGUGGCACAUUAGAAAUAGUGGCAAAAAAAUUUUAGAUUUGCGUUGUUUUUCGUGCUUUGCGAUAUGAAGCGUGAUAUUAAAUUUGUAAUAUUUUAUUUAGUUGCGAUACAAUUAUGGUUCAUCAAUUGUGUAAAUGCAGACGCUGAGGAAGAUAGUUGGAUGGAUGCAGAUGCCUGGGCAAGAGAUCAUCUAGGUACAAAUGCAUUUCAUACAGCAAUUGGUAAAUGUUGUAAAUGUUCAGACGAUAUAACUAUUUCUGGCAAUUCUGAAGUACCAUUGAAGGAACAACAACAAACAAUUGGAGAAGAUGCAGCGUCAAUAAUAUAUUUUAAAAAGUUCAUUACAAUGUUGUUUAAUCGGAAACAUUUCAAGUAUGAUUCAACAUUACAAGUAUAUGAACGUUCUGUUGUGUUUACUGUUGAGUCAUCUCAACUGGAUAAGCUAGAACAACUGCAAGACCCUCGUGAUUUAGACAACAUACUAGCGGAUAUUUUUAAUAAGGUGCGUGCUCCAAAUAUGUUCAGCGAUGGUCACAAGCAACUACAUACAACAGAAGCAUCAUCCGGAUUCAUAAAAAUAGUGUUUGAAAUAUUUUAUGAUAUGUUGCAUCUAACAAAAACAUCUGAGGUACGAUUUCUUUUAGUUGUUGUUAUUGUCAUACUAAUUGCCUGGAUUUUAAACAAUCGCUUUAAUAUUGGUUGGUUGUCUUUGAUUUUUGGCGGCAUCUUUAUAUAUGGAUACCUACAUACUUACCUGGAAUGCAAUAGGGAACUGGAAGUAAAUCAAAUGUUGGAAAUCUUAAAUCGCGACAAGGGAAGCGAUAAAGUCAUUAAAGAAUCAAGGAUCGUAAAAUUUUUGAAAGGCAUAUUUUCUAGUGAUGACCCUCAGGAUUUACAACAGCAAAAAUUAAAACAAUCAGCGAAAUUGUCUUUAGGUUUUUGCAGGCCUGAUCAUGUGCUAAUAAUGUAUUUUAAUGACAUUUUCCUCAAAUAUUUACAAGUGCUUUUAGAGCAAUGCACCAUAACGUUAACAUCAUUCAAUGGUGCGCUAGGGUUUCCCUACAACAUAUUGUCGGGAAUUCUUCUAGUUUGCAUAAUUGGGUAUAUUUUAAAGUUAACUUUUAAAUAUAUAUUAAGUCCCUCUGCAUGGGCACAUUUAAUGCACCGGAAUCAAACUUAUCAGCCAGAGCAAGCAGCUAUUAAAAGCAGAACAAACUCACAAAGUGAUCGCAUAUCUGGUGAUAAUUUGAAAUUAUUAUUGAAUGCAAUAAAUGCUGCACCUCAACGAAAUACAGCAUCAUUGGCAGCCGUGUCAGGAGUAGAAGACCUAAAAGAAGCUAUAGAACCACCACCGUCCAAAAAUAUUUCACCAACUCUUGAUAAAUGUAAGGACAGUAGAAAACAAAAUAAUAAUAAUUCAAAUGAAAAGCCGUUAAAUGAAAACACCAAUGUUACGGUUGAAGAUUUGCCCGAUGAUUCAUAGUACAUAUUUAAUAUUAUUUCUGCUUUGCAGUUUAAAGUCAUUAUUAUAAGUGUUCUAAAUUAUGUUGAUAUUAGUAUUCGCUUAAAGUUUGUUUAUGAAAGCAAACAAAAAAAAAUAUUUUUACGAUUUGUAUUUGAUUUUUAUUAAAUUAUUUAUUUAUAUAUUUUAUCAUAUGCCAUUUUCCAGUACACCUUUGAUUUAUAGUUAUAGAGUCGUUAAAACAAUUUUGGGUUUGAAUCUUUUACAAGAGUAAAGCUAUGUAUGUACGAUUAUUUUAUAAAAGCAAUCAUCAUUACCAAUGUUUUAUAUUUAUGAAAACUAAUAAAAUAAAUUUUAAAUUUACAACAGG